AACGAGAGACACCAAUAAAGAGAUAUAGGCUACAUUUGGAGAUCCGCGCGCGGCGGUGUCGCGCACGGAUUAUUAGAGGGUAUUUUAUUUUUCUUUCAUUCAGGAGGUUCUGGUUUGGAGCGUCUGAUCUCGGGGGGGAAAGGAAUACAAACGCACGGGGAAUAAAAGGAGUAUUCUAUUCUCGCUCCCUUCGUUAACAAGUGACUGCUCUGCCGCUCGAGAAAGUGGAAUAUAGCGGUUUUUUUCCUGCUGUCGGGAGAUGCAAAACAACUGUGUUUUUCUGACGGAAUACGACUGUUCACCCACAGAGAAUACGGAUUUUAAAAGCUGUCCCCCGUAAACCAACUAGGGGGGUAGUCUCAGAAGUACUUUUCUCACGCCGUUGAAAGUGCCAAGCUGUCCUGCGUGAAGACCCCAACCUUCCCUGCGUAGUCGGGGCCUCGGCUCUCCGGCCAGGUCAAGGAUUAGUCCUACCCCACCCCUCCUUGUCCCCCUUUCCCCAUUGGAGUGAAGAUGGCCACCGGCAGUGCCCCUCGCCUCUCCUUGCCACUCCUGCUGCCUGUCACCACUCUGCUGCUAUCACUGCUGCUCACUAGCUCCCACGCCUUAUCACCACCACGGUUCACUAAAGUUCCUGUUGACCAGAUUGGCGUCUCAGGGGGCGUGGUCUCCUUUGUAUGCCAGGCGACAGGCGACCCCAAGCCAAGGGUUAGCUGGAACAAGAAAGGCAAAAAGGUCAACUCCCAGCGUAUCGAGACCAUUGAGUUUGAUGAGGGUGCCGGCGCCGUACUCAGAAUCCAGCCUCUCCGAGCGCCCCGUGAUGAGAACAUCUACGAAUGCGUGGCUGAGAACAGCGAGGGCGAGAUCACCGUCAAUGCCAAGCUGUCCAUCAUCCGAGAGGACCUGCUCCCACCAGGCUUCCCUAACAUUGACAUGGGCCCUCAGCUGAAGGUGGUGGAGCGCACCCGAACAGCCACCAUGCUCUGUGCUGCCAGUGGCAACCCUGACCCAGAAAUCACCUGGUACAAAGACUUCCUGCCCAUUGACCCCAGUGCAAGUAAUGGGCGAAUCAAACAGCUACGCUCAGGUGCCUUGCAGAUCGAGAACAGCGAGGAGACAGACCAGGGGAAGUACGAGUGCGUGGCGUCUAAUGUGGAAGGCGUGCGCUACUCGUCCCCUGCCAACCUUUAUGUGCGAGUCCGGCGGGUGCCUCCUCGCUUCUCCAUUCCACCAACGAGUCAGGAAAUUAUGCCCGGUGGCAGUGUGAACAUAACGUGUGUGGCAGUGGGGUCGCCCAUGCCUUACGUCAAGUGGAUGUUGAACUCAGAGGACUUGACACCAGAGGAUGAGAUGCCAGUGGGCAGGAACGUUCUCGAACUGAGCAGCGUCCGUGAGUCAGCCAACUACACCUGCGUGGCCAUGAGCAGCCUUGGCAUCAUUGAAGCUGUGGCACAAAUCACUGUCAAAUCUCUCCCCAAGCCUCCAGGAACACCUGUGGUUACUGAAACCACUGCCACCAGUGUGACCAUCACCUGGGACUCAGGCAACCCAGACCCAGUCACUUACUACAUCAUCCAGUACAGGGCCAAGUCCCCGGACAGCAAGUAUGAGACAGUGGAUGACAUCACCACUACACGAUACAGCAUUGGUGGUCUCUACCCCAACACAGAAUAUGAAAUCCGUGUCUCAGCUGUCAACACAAUCGGCCAGGGUCCUCCCAGUGAGCCAGUAGAAACCCGGACUGGAGAACAAGCCCCUGCCAGUCCACCACGAAACAUUCAGGCCCAGAUUAUUUCCCAAAACACCAUGAUGGUGCGCUGGGAAGAGCCCGAGGAGCCCAAUGGGCAGAUCAAGGGAUACCGCGUUUAUUAUACAAUGGACGACUCCCUGCCCAUGAGCCUCUGGCAGAUCCAUAAUGUCCAGGACAGCGUCAUCACUACUAUCCAGAGCCUGGUUCCUCAAGAGACAUACACAAUUAAAGUCCUAGCAUUCACAUCUGUAGGAGAUGGACCCUUCUCAGAGCCCAUCCAUGUCAAAGUACUGCAAGGAGUUCCAGGUCAACCAUCCAGAUUUCAGGUUGGUGCUGUUUCUGACACCAGCAUUGAACUGACCUGGGAACCUGCCUAUGAAAAGGAAGGAAUUAUAUCUUAUGAACUUCGCUACACGGAAGGCACUUUAGGCCUCCAGAUUAAGAAAACAUUUGGACCCGCAUCUUCAUAUGUUGUGCAAGGGCUCCGGCCAAACACAGAGUACCACUUCUCCCUGGCAGCCAUUUCAGCCAAAGGCAUCGGAGCCUUCACAAAUAACAUAUCGCAGAAGACCUUGCAAGCCAAGCCCUCAGCCCCCCCUCAAGACAUUAAGUGCAGCAGCACCAGCUCCACCACCCUGCUGGUAAGUUGGCGCCCCCCGCCUUUGAAGAGUCAGAACGGUGUCCUGGUGGGGUAUAGGGUGCACUACCAGGUGGUGGGCCCGUCAGAAGGCGGCAGUGAUGACAGGGAACCCGGGGAGGAGCCGAUGGUGCCUGCUACCGAAGAGCAGGUGCUGCUGCAGCAAUUGGAGAAAUGGACCCAGUAUCACAUCACCGUGUCCGCCUUCACCGCGAUUGGGCCAGGCCCUGCAAGCGAGCCCCUGAUCUGCCGUACAGACGAAGACGUUCCGGGGGCUCCUCCAAGGCGGGUGGAGGUGGAGGUCCUCAACUCCACAGCAGUAAAGGUGAUGUGGCGCUCCAUGACGCCAGGCAAGCAGCACGGUCAGAUCCGUGGCUACCAGGUUCACUAUGUACGUGUGGAAAAUGGCGAAUCAAGGGGCCUGCCCCUCAUCAAGGACGUCAUGCUGGCUGAUGCCCAGGAAAUGGUCAUUGGAGGACUCAAGCCAGACACCACUUACUCCAUCACGGUGGCAGCAUACACCACCAAGGGGGAUGGAGCCCGGAGCAAACCUAAACUGGUGGUGACCAAAGGGGCAGUGCCUGGCCCACCCUAUCUGUCAGUGGCUCAGGACUCAGAGACGUCAGCUGUUGUUCGGUGGGACCCUCCAGACCUGACCAAUGGCAUGGACCUGCAGGGUUACCGGCUUCAGUUUGGCCGGAAAGAUGUCUCUCCUUUGGCCACACUGGAAUUUGCUCCCCAAGAACGACAGUACUCUGUGGGCAACAUUCACCGGGGGGCCACUUAUCUCUUUAAAAUCUCAGCCAAGAGCAGGGGGGGCUUUGGGGAAGAGGCUGUUGUGGAACUCAGCGUACCCGAAAAUACACCAGGGGGAUACCCUCAAAUUAAUGAGGGCUCCAAAGUGACAUGCUGUUCAGUGCAGCUGUCUUGGUCUCCCCCAGUCCUGGCGGAGAGGAAUGGGGUAAUCACAGAGUACACGUUGGCCUAUAAAGAAGCCGGUGCCAUAGGAGCACCGCAGGAGCUCCGCUUGCCCCCCAGCCAAUCCAGCUACGUGCUCAACAGCCUCAAACCGAACUCAGCAUACGAUGUGAAAAUACGUGCACACACCAGUGUAGGUCCAGGGCCCUACAGCCCUCCUAUCCAGUAUCGGACGGUGGCCUUUGAUCCAGCAGAUGUCCCACAGAAUUUCACUGUCAAAUGGGCAACCAAGACUACAGUGGUCCUUGCAUGGAGGUUUUCUGAAACCAGGUCUCCAUACAAAUGCACAAUUGAGUACAACCGUCAGAAGAUGGAUGUGGAUGCCAGGCAGUUGAGGGUGCUCGUCACCGGGUUAAGGCACAACACAACUUACGAGUUUGGCGUGACCUGCCAAGAAAGCAAGGAUGGUGGGCAAAGACACCGUGUGGUGGCCAGGACUGCGCCGCUCAUCCUGGUCAAGAAACCCAAACUGGAUAUCUACGCUGAGCCUGACAACAUGCCCACCAUGUCCUUCCCACCAGUCGAUGCCAAGGAUUUCAAGAACUUUUAUGUGGUAGUGGUGCCGCUUAAGAGGACCUCUGGAACUGUUAAAAACCUGAAGAACCCUGAUGAGAUGGACAUGGAAGAGCUGUUGCGGGAGGUGAGUCCAAAGCGUCGUGCACGCCGUCAGCUGGACCAGAGGAAGCCCUACAUCACAGCCUGCUUCAGGCAGCUGCCCUCCAGCUUCACAGUGGGAUCUGACCACCGCCACAGCAACUGUGAGAACAAGCCUCUUGAACCUGGCCAGGAAUAUGUCUUCUUCCUGCUGGCUGAACUCAAUGCCACCGCCGGGAAAAUGUUUGCUACCAGCCCUUAUACCGACACAGUGAUGACUCCCGAGCUGGUGGUGGACCCCCUGCCAGUAGAGACUGGUGACGGACUCAUAUGGGUUGUGGGCCCAGUCCUGGCUGUGGUCUUCAUCAUCUGCAUCGUUAUUGCCAUUCUCCUGUAUAAAAACCGCAAAAGAAAAGAGUCAGAGCCACGCACAAAAUGUCUGCUGAACAACGCAGACAUUACUCCCCACCACCCUACAGACCCUGUGGAGAUGAGACGCAUCAAUUUCCAAACUCCAGAUUCUGGUCUGAGCAGUCCUCAGAGUGAAGCAGAUUUUGACUAUGAAAGUAUGAUGAAUCAUCCUCCCAUUCCUAUCUCAGAACUGGCUGAACACACAGAGCUUCUCAAGGCCAACGAUAACCUCAAGCUCUCACAGGAAUACGAGUCUAUUGAUCCAGGCCAGCAGUUCACCUGGGAACACUCCAACCUGGAGGUGAACAAGCCCAAAAAUCGUUACGCCAACGUCAUCGCCUACGACCACUCCCGCGUCAUCCUGGCUCCCAUCGAGGGUAUCACAGGUAGCGACUAUAUCAAUGCCAACUACAUUGAUGGCUACAGGAAGCAGAAUGCCUACAUCGCCACCCAGGGUCCAUUACCAGAGACGUUUGGGGACUUCUGGAGGAUGGUGUGGGAACAGAGAGCAGCCACUGUGGUGAUGAUGACCAGGCUGGAGGAGAAGUCACGGAUUAAGUGUGACCAGUACUGGCCCAGUCGCGGCACAGAAACCUAUGGUAUGACCCAAGUGACCCUGCUGGAUACCAUAGAACUGGCCACUUUCUGUGUCCGCACUUUCUCCUUGCACAAGAAUGGCUCUAGCGAGAAGCGGGAGGUUCGUCAGUUCCAGUUCACGGCGUGGCCUGACCACGGUGUACCGGAGUACCCGACUCCCUUCCUGGCCUUCCUCCGUAGGGUGAAGACCUGUAACCCGCCUGAUGCUGGACCCAUCAUCGCCCACUGCAGUGCGGGUGUCGGCCGGACAGGCUGCUUCAUCGUCAUCGACGCCAUGCUUGAGCGUAUCAAGCACGAGAAGACGGUCGACAUUUACGGCCACGUGACGCUGAUGCGGUCGCAGCGGAACUACAUGGUGCAGACGGAGGACCAGUACAGCUUCAUUCACGAUGCACUGCUGGAGGCGGUGGCCUGCGGCAACACUGAGGUGGCUGCCCGGAGCCUCUAUUCCUACAUUCAGAAGCUGGCCCAGGUGGAAAGUGGCGAGCAUGUCACUGGCAUGGAGCUAGAGUUCAAGCGUUUGGCCAACUCCAAAGCCCACACGUCGCGCUUCAUUAGUGCCAACCUUCCCUGCAACAAGUUCAAGAAUCGGCUGGUCAACAUCAUGCCCUAUGAGACCACCCGCGUCUGCCUGCAGCCAAUCAGAGGCCUGGAAGGAUCAGACUACAUCAAUGCCAGUUUCAUUGAUGGAUACAGGCAACAGAAAGCCUACAUCGCCACGCAGGGCCCUCUUGCAGAGACUACGGAAGACUUCUGGAGAAUGCUCUGGGAGAACAACUCUACCAUUGUAGUCAUGUUGACCAAGCUGCGAGAGAUGGGACGGGAAAAGUGUCACCAAUACUGGCCAGCGGAGCGCUCCGCCAGGUAUCAGUACUUCGUGGUGGACCCCAUGGCCGAGUACAACAUGCCCCAGUACAUCCUUCGAGAGUUCAAGGUCACAGAUGCCAGGGAUGGCCAAUCCAGGACAGUAAGACAGUUCCAGUUUACUGACUGGCCAGAGCAAGGCGUCCCCAAAUCUGGGGAGGGGUUCAUUGAUUUCAUUGGCCAGGUGCAUAAAACCAAGGAGCAGUUUGGACAGGAUGGACCAAUCUCUGUCCACUGCAGUGCUGGCGUGGGCAGGACUGGAGUCUUCAUCACCCUCAGCAUCGUCCUGGAGAGAAUGCGCUAUGAAGGUGUGGUUGACAUCUUCCAGACAGUGAAGAUGCUCCGGACACAGAGGCCCGCCAUGGUCCAGACUGAGGAUGAGUACCAAUUCUGCUAUCAUGCAGCUCUGGAGUACUUAGGAAGCUUUGAUCACUAUGCAACGUAAAAAGCCAUCUCUUCCCCCCAGAAUCCUGUCGCCCCCCUCUACAGUCUACUGAGCCAUAGAAACUUUGAAAUUUGAAACAUCAACAGCGAUAACACCACCGCUAAUUCAGACACACCAAACAGAGUCCUAUUGUAGAUUUUUAGAAGACAAUGCCCAACAAAUCAGUUUAGAUUUAGAUUCCAAUUUGACGAACAGACCCUUCACGAGGAAGCGAGGAAAAUCGCCCCUCAUCAAGAAAAGAAAAUCCUCAUCAGGAGAGGAACCAGAAGCUGUGGCUCAAGCUGUGGGGCAGGAAUUGAUCAAAGUGUCAGACUGCUUACCUUACCUCAAGUGUUUCAAUGUGGAGGACAUUGUAAACAUUCGUGGACAUUUCUCUUCUCAAAAAUAUCUACGUGAUACAACAGUAACAAGAAACAGAUAAUGAAGGAGAAAGCAACGGCAAAAAUCACUGCGAGGCCGAUGGAUGUAGCCAAGAUGGGGUGACUUCUUGUUUUUUGUUUUUUUUUUUGUUUUUUUUUUUUGUUUUUUUGUUUUUUUUUUUUGAUAUGCCUGGGUGUAAAAGAGGUUCAAGUAUUUCUACACAUUUUGUGAGUGACAUCAAGAGAAAUGACCAAAUCGUGGUUGCCUGUGUGAACACAAAUGCUUUUCCCCAAACUCUGGUCACCCAGACAGGAUGGGAAAAAAAUAUCAAUAUAGUUGAAACGAAACUAGCACGAGAAACCUCCUAUUUGGCACUAACUAAAUCUUGAGUUUUACACUGUUCAACUAAUGAUGUGCAUAACAAAUGUGAAAAAAAAACUCUCAACUGUUAAAGUAUACAUCACAUAGCUGCCUGUUCUCAAGCGCUAAGAACUUAGAGGAGGCACUGCCAUUGGUCGUUGGGAAGAAAGCAGCAACACAUAUCUUAAGAUCAGUUAGUUUCAUGAAUUGUGAACUUGUGCAAAAUCAGUAUCUUAAUCCAGGAAGCCACAGUGAAGCUGAAAAAUACCACAAUGUAUUUACAGUGAAAAAGUGCCCCAGGAAGCUCGUGUCUCAGUCACCAGAGAAUUCUGGGAAAACCUCACCUGUUGCAAGGAGCUGCAGCUGGGUCGACCUGCGGAUGGUCAAAGGUGGGAGAAAUAGCAACCAUGUCCCAUGAUUUUUUACAAUCACUCCUCUCUUUGGAACCAUUGCAUCAUGGGGCUUCGGUGUUAACAUCCACCAUUUUGAACAAGAGAUAAAUCUGGUGGGCGAGAGGCUUUGGAACAAACGGAACAACCAAACAAGGAUUGCCGCAAAGUUGGGGCUUUCUUGUACAGUGACCAACGCUCAUCAUCAUUGUUCAGAACUUUUUUGUCUUAUAAGGAAUUAAAUUUUUUUUUUUUUGUUUUCUUUUCUGUCAAAACCAAACAUGCUGCUUAUCUUGUGUAUGCUGUGCGCGUGACUCUUGAGGGAGAGGAAACUGACGAACAAAAGAUGCCAGCUCUGCUAACCGCUCAUACCCAGGCGGACAUGACUAAAAGCGCAUCCACAUGACAUCCUCGUCCACUGGUCUUUUCCGGCCCUCAUUUUUUUUCCAGCCUCCUCUAUAAUCAUCUAUUUCACUGUAUAAGACACUCAAGAGUGAAGGAGGCCUGUUGCAGUUACAAAGCUUUACGUUCAUGUGAUUGAAAAAUUGGCCUUUAGUUCCACUGUAUGUGUGUUUGGUAACAGGUGGAUAAACAAAGUAGAUUAUUUGGUUUUUGUCCUCCGUUUCUUAGAUGAUGUCUCAGUGGGUGGUGAGGCAGCCAUGUUGGAUCUCAAUGCCAUGAUGUGAUAAUGAAAUUCUUUGGUACAAAAUACUUUACUUGCACAUCCCUAAGAAAAAAAAGUAAAUAAAAUAAACUUGAAACAGAUACCCCAAAAACAACUGCAGGUUGACGCACUAAUGUAAAUGUGUCUGAUAAAAAAAAAGAUUUAAAAAAAAUUCAAGCUUUUGAAAUCACCAGGUUUUCAUUUUGAGAUCAGCGCUUUGGUAUAAACGAGUGUACGGAUUCCACGAAAGUUUCUGGUGGGUGUGCACAAAAACCAGAGCUAUGGACAGAACUGUGUGUAAUCUUUUCUUAUUUCCAAAAAAGCCUUAUUGUUAUUGUAACAUUAUGAAAACAUUAAUGUUGUAUUAUGACAACUUAUUUUACAUUACAUAGUUGACUUUUUAUUUUCUUUUUGGUUUAGUUUUUUAACAGAGAUGUUGUAUCACAUUUUUUAAAAUUAGCAGGAAAAGAGAAAUGCUUAUUUGUUCAUAUUACGUUAAAAGACAUUCUAUUUUUUCACUGUAGAAAUGUUAAGUAUAACAUGUCUGUGUUUGUGUGCAUAUAUAUAUAUACAUAUAUAUAGUGCACACACACACAUGCAUAUAUAUUUAAAAGCAGAAUAUAAAAAUAUAUCCAAACACUUAGUAUGAAUUCAC